AUGGCGAACAGACAGUACACAAUCUUAUCGAGCAGUCGUCCUGCUAACAGACUGUUAAUAUGUACAUUAGCAGUGUUUCUUCGUGUUCUCGCCUACAUUUAUUGCAUCGACUUCCUGAAAAAGCGUCCGGAAUUGAAUGUACCACAGAAUUCGUUUCGGAGGCUUAUUGAUGGAAUACAUAUGCUUAGAGAUGGCGUUUCUCCGUACGAUGGUGAUAUGAUACAUUGCCAACCAGUACUGCUAUAUGUAUUCACUGCAUUAAUCGAUUACCCGAACCUGUUAUUGAUAAUGUUCCUGUCGUUUGAUGUAGUGACGAGUGAAAUUUUGCGUAUGGUAGCAAUUGUUCACUUGAAAAAUCAAGGAAGAAGCAGUGCAGAAAACAUCGAACGAAUUGCUGAUUUGGUUUCAAAAUGCUAUAUGCUUAAUCCUGUUGCUGUUGCCAGCUGUGCUAUUUUCAGUCUCUCAGUUGUUUGCAACCUAAUUACUGCUCUUUUCAUUUUGGCGUUUGUAAAAGGUUCUCUGCUGUUUAGCUCUAUAUUGUUUAGUGUACUUGUGCAGUUAUCACUUUAUCCAGCUGUUUACAUAUGUGCUUUAUUGGUGAGAUUCUCUACAACCAAGGAGCGUAUGCUAACAAUUACAUUUUCGACUAUUAUGCUGAUUGGAUUGUUGCUUUUUAAUCGUUUUCUGAAUGAAAAUAGCUGGAGUUACGUCGAUUCAACAUAUAAGUUUUUAUUGGAUGUUCGUGACUUGACACCAAAUGUUGGCAUAUUCUGGUAUUUUUUCAUUGAAGUUUUCAAUCAUUUUCGGCGUUUUUUUCUUUGGGUAUUUCAAAUUAAUAUCCUUGUUUAUCUUGUACCCUUAUCACUGACAUUAAGAUCCAAUGCUUUUCUACUUCUGUAUCAACUAAUGAUUCUCAUUUCCGUCUUUGCAUCGUAUCCAUCAAUGGCUGACAGUUUGAUUUACUUGAGCUUAUUGCCCCUUUUUGAACAUUUAAAAAAAUAUUUCCGUUGGGGACUAAUUGUCGGUGGAGCACUGUCAGCAACAAUCGUUUUGGCUCCAGUAAUGUGGCAAAUGUGGAUUGUUACCGGUUCGGGAAAUGCAAAUUUCUACUUUGCCGCCACUUUAACUUAUUCGGUUGCCCAGAUUUUUUUGCUUACCGAUCUUCUCUAUGGUUAUCUGCGCCUUAAACUUGUUGAGGGCAGAGGAAUAAUUGAUGAAAGCGAAGUAGCACUACUCAUGUUCAAGUAA